UCUGGAAGAAUCUGACUCGUGUUAAUCCUCGUAGAUUUAUAUGAACAUGGCGAGUUGUGUAAAGAUAACUUUUAGCUGUGCUUUUACACUUUAUUGUCUGAACGAGUGAGGGGCAACCAACCAACCAACCGGGCUUGAAAUUCAAAGUGAAGGAUCACCAUGAGUCUACGAGAGAUCAGCGAGAACGUGAAGCUGGCCCGCGAAUACGCCCUGCUGGGAAACUACAGCUCAGCCAGUGUUCUCUAUCAUGGAUUAUUAGACCAAAUCAAGAAGUAUGUGUACACCGUACGGGACAGCAGUUUUCAGCAGAGAUGGCAGCAGUUGUGGCAAGAAAUCAGUGAAGAGAAUCGACAGGUUCAGGACAUAAUGUCGACUCUGGAGAACUUUCAGCUGGACACGACGCCUGCUAAACCCAGUAACCACGACGACUAUGAAAUAAGGCCUGUGCCUGUAGAACCGAGACAUUCUCCCUGCCCUGUCAGGCGGCCAGCUAACCCCUAUAAAGAAAGCAAACCUCCCAACAACAGGCUGAGCGUGGCUGUGAGGGCCCAGCAGAGGCACUUGCCUCGCGGGGCCAAUGGAGACAGAAGCAAACCACCUAAAGGCAAAGAAAAGAGGGAGUCGAGAGAGGCUGCUGGCAAAGCUAAAGAUGAUAAGAAUAAAUCAGAUGUCCAAGACAAAGAGUUGAAAAAGUUUGACGGGACAGGAUAUGAUAAAGACCUCGUGGAAGCUCUGGAGAGAGAUAUUAUAUCUCAGAAUCCAAAUGUUAAAUGGGACAACAUCGCAGACUUGGAAGAUGCAAAAAAACUCCUGAAAGAAGCAGUCGUGUUGCCGAUGUGGAUGCCAGCAUUUUUCAAAGGCAUAAGAAGACCAUGGAAGGGAGUGCUGAUGGUUGGACCUCCAGGCACGGGGAAAACACUUUUGGCCAAAGCAGUUGCCACUGAGUGCAGAACCACAUUCUUCAACGUCUCCUCGUCUACGCUCACCUCCAAGUACAGAGGGGAGUCUGAGAAGCUAGUUCGCCUUCUCUUUGAAAUGGCACGCUUUUAUGCGCCAACGACGAUCUUCAUUGAUGAAAUAGACUCCAUGUGCAGCCGCAGAGGGACUUCAGAGGAACAUGAGGCCAGCCGGAGAGUCAAGGCAGAGCUACUGGUGCAGAUGGAUGGAGUCGGUGGAGCAUCAGAAAACGAUGAUCCUUCUAAGAUGGUGAUGGUGCUGGCGGCCACCAACUUCCCAUGGGACAUCGAUGAGGCUCUGAGAAGACGGCUGGAGAAGAGGAUCUACAUCCCUCUGCCUUCAACCAAAGGACGAGUAGAGCUGCUCAGGAUUAAUCUGAAGGAGCUGGAGCUGGCCAGCGAUGUGGACUUGAACAAGAUCGCAGAGCAGUUGGAAGGUUACUCAGGAGCAGACAUUACCAUUGUUUGCAGGGACGCCUCUCUGAUGGCCAUGAGGCGCAGAAUUGAGGGCCUCACGCCAGAAGAGAUCCGUAACAUUUCCCGUGACGAGAUGCACAUGCCCACCACCAUGGAGGACUUUGAGUCAGCUCUGAAGAAAGUGUCCAAAUCUGUGUCUGCAGCCGACCUGGAGAAGUAUGAGAAGUGGAUCGAAGAGUUUGGGUCCUGCUGAAAAACACCAGCAUCCACGUCACUUGUAUGUGAACUAUUGUGAGACUGAGUCAUAGGGUUAUGGUGAGUGUUAGUACUGACUGUGUCAACUUAUGUCUGUGUGUUCUUUGAAUCAUUAAGGUGAUAUUGAAGAGUAGGUUUAUACUUAAAGUAAAUAUGUGCACUUGAAAAAUGGCACCUCUUCCUAUUGUACAUUAUGUUAAUGUUAUGCAGAAGUCUUAAUGGAAAGAGGUGACCCGGGAGUCAACUUGAUGCGUGAUAUUUCAGUCAAAUAUUGACACGUUACUUGUUUUAAUGAUCCUGAAAUCAUCAAGAUGUAAGACCAAUCCAACUGUAGCUGUGGGGAAAAACUGACAAAUCUGAGGACACAAAGUUUCCUGCAACACUCGGACAGUAAAGUUUAUUUCCAGAGAUGUUUCACUGCUAUUUUGUACCGUUGUAUCUGACAAUGAGAAACUGAGCUAACUGCCAAUCAAGUGUUGCUCUUGUUUUUUUUCUUUUUUAUGCACUUGAUUUUAUUUGGAGUUGUGUGGUUCUUCCACGUUUUUGGAAAUGUAAAUUCUUAAGCACAUAACACUAACAAGAUAUUUCUAUAAAUAAAGCUAACAGUGAUUAUGGAUAUUAA